GGCUCAGAGCCGCGCUUGCAGCUGCCAGGACCGGAGCCGUCCGGCGCACCGGAGAGCCGCGCGCGGGCAUCUCGGCGGGCGCUCCCGGACGACGAUGAGCGGCCCCAACUCCCAGAGCAGCCGCAGCGCGGGGGCCUCUGUGCGGAGCCUUUGAGCCCCAGCCGCAGAACCGAGCGCCGCGCGGGAGAGUUGAGAAUCAUGGCUGCGGGAAAAUUUGCAAGCCUUCCCAGAAACAUGCCUAUGAAUCACCAGUUCCCCCUGGCCUCGUCCAUGGACCUUCUGAGCAGCAAGUCACCUCUCGUCAAUCAUCACACAGAUGCCUAUCAAGACGUGUCUAUACACGGCACCCUUCCACGGAAAAAGAAAGGGCCUCCUCCCAUCAGGUCCUGUGAUAACUUCAGUCACAUGGGCACCCUUCCCCAUUCUAAAUCCCCACGGCAGAACUCACCUCUGACCCAGGACAUCAUCCAGGAGCACCCACUGCAAGACUGGAUAGGCGAAACCUUCACCUCCAGGGAUCACCAUUUUCUGGACCCAACUCUGGAAUAUGUGAAGUUCUCCAAGGAGAGUUACAUCAUGGACAGAAGCCCCGAGAAGCUGAAGAAGGAGCUGGAGGAGGAGUUGCUGCUGAGCAGCGAGGACCUACGCAGCCACGCCUGGUACCACGGCCGCAUCCCUCGACAGGUGUCAGAAAACCUCGUGCAGCGAGAUGGCGACUUCCUGGUUCGAGAUUCUUUGUCGAGCCCUGGAAACUUUGUCCUGACCUGUCAGUGGAAGAACCUCGCUCAGCACUUUAAGAUCCACCGGACAGUCCGGCGGCUCAGUGAGGCAUACAGCCGCGUGCAGUACCAAUUUGAGAUGGAGAGCUUCGACUCCAUCCCUGGCCUGGUGCGCUACUACGUGGGCAACCGCCGGCCCAUCUCCCAGCAGAGUGGAGCCAUCAUCUUCCAGCCCAUCAACAGGACAGUGCCCCUGCGGUGUCUGGAGGAGCAUUACGGCACCUCCCCAGGCCGGGCCCGGCAGGGCAGCCUUGCUGAGGGAAGGCCAGAUGUGGCCAAGAGGCUGAGCCUCACCAUGGGCUGCGUCCAAGCCCGAGAGCCAACCUUGCCAAGAGGAAACCUCCUCAGAAAUAAAGAGAAAAGCGGCAGCCAGCCUGCCUGCCUGGAUCACAUGCAGGACAGAAGAGCCUUGUCCCUGAAAGCCCACCACCAGUCGGAGAGCUACCUGCCGAUCGGCGGUAAGCUGCCACCUCAACCCCCAGGUGUGGAUACAGGCCCCUGCCCAAACUCACCUGUUUUCAGGACGGGCAGUGAGCCCACCCUGAGCCCAGCAGUGGUUCGGAGGGUCUCCUCGGACACUAGGGCAGGGGAGGCGCUGAGGGGCUCUGACAGCCAGCUGUGCCCCAAGCCACCCCCCAAGCCCUGCAAGGCGCCCCUCCUCAAGGCUCCCCCAUCUCCAUCCACCUGGCCCAACUCGGAAGCCAAUUACUGUGAACUGAACCCAGCCUUUGCUACAGGCUGUGAGAAGGGAGCAAAACCAUCCAUCUGUGCGCAGGACAGCUACGUGGAGCUGCUGAAAGCCAAGAGGAACGGGACGCCGGGUCCCCGGAACUCUGGCACCAACUACUUAAUUCUUGAUGAAGAUGACAGGGCAAAGCCUUGGGAGCCGCUGGCAGGAGCGCAGAUGGACGAGGGGCAGGAGGACGAGGGUGAGUUUGUGAUGCCCCUCCUGGAGACUGCCUCCUCCUUCAGGCCCAACGACUUUGAGUCAAAGCUUCUUCCUCCUGAGAACAAGCCCCUGGAGACAGCAAUGCUGAAGCGGGCAAAAGAACUGUUCACCAGCAGUGACCCCAAGGUCAUCGCCCAGCACAUGCUGAGCAUGGACUGCAAGGUCGCUAGGAUACUUGAAGUCUCUGAUGAGAUGAGGAAGAACAUGGGCGUGAGCUCAGGGCUGGAACUCAUUACCUUGCCGUAUGGCCACCAGCUGCGCCUGGACAUAAUCGAAAGACACGGCACGAUGGCCAUAGGCAUUGCAGUGGACAUUCUGGGCUGCACAGGCACUUUGGAGGACCGAGCAGCCACCCUCAAUAAGAUCAUCCAGGUGGCAGUGGAACUGAAAGACGCCAUGGGGGACCUCUAUUCAUUCUCGGCCAUCAUGAAAGCCCUGGAAAUGCCGCAGAUUACAAGGUUAGAAAAAACAUGGACUGCCCUGCGGCACCAGUAUACCCAAACCGCCAUCCUCUAUGAGAAACAACUGAAGCCAUUCAGCAAAAUCCUGCACGAAGGCAGAGAGUCCACAUGUGUCCCACCAAACAAUAUAUCUGUCCCACUGCUGAUGCCUCUUGUAACCUUAAUGGAGCGCCAGUCUGUCACUUAUGAAGGAACUGACAUGUGGGAAAAAAAUGAAGAAAGUUGUGAGAUUGUGAUGAACCACUUGGCAACAGCCCGACUCAUGGCAAAGGCUGCAGACAGUUACCGGAUGAAUGCUGAGAGGAUCCUGGAAGGUUUUCAACCAGAUGAAGAAAUGAGUGAAAUCUUCAAGACCGAAUUUCAAAUGCGAUUGCUAUGGGGCAGCAAAGGUGCACAAGUCAAUCAGACAGAGCGAUAUGAGAAAUUCAACCAGAUUUUAACUGCCCUCUCACGUAAAUUGGAGCCUCCUCCUGUAAAGCAGGCAGAGCUUUGAUAACUUGCCAUAAAACUUAGGAUGCUCUUUCAAGGUUCUCCAGGUUCUUCUUUGGGAAAGCUUAUCAUGUGAUAAAGUAAUAAUGUGCAAACCUGACAAUAUACAAGGUUUUAGUAUCCACAGGAUAUUAAACAUGUAAAUUGUACAGAGCACACUUAUUUAUGAAUUGUUUAAAAUUACUACUGAUUUUUAAGUGAAUAAUUUAUUAUUAAGGUAACUAUUGCUAAUGUUGAUCAGCAAAUUUAAGAGAAGACCUAGCUAUGUUGACUGGUUGUUUUCUAUUACUGAGGUAUUUACCAUUUUAGUUUUAAUUCCAUGCCAGAAAGUGUAAAUAGAAAAGUUUAAAAGCAUGAAACAUUUCAAAAGGUAUCAGUUGUAUGAUAUUCUUCAAAUAAAUAUGAAAAAUGUAAAUAGUCAUAUGAAAAUAUAUCUUUUUGUGAAACAAUU